GGCUCCGGGCGCGGCCCGCUCCCCUCAGCGCCGAUCCCGCCGCCGCCGCGAGCCCGAGGCCGCCGUUCAGCCCCAAAACUUUCCGCUCUCCCCUUCCCACUCUCCGGGACUUCCUUGUGUGCGCCGAGGGGGAGGAGGAGGCGUGCGCGGCGGCGGCGGCGGCGGCGGGGGGGGGGGGGGUUCGCAGGCUGCUGGCGGGGCUGGCCGGGACCCCGGCACCAGGAGUUGCACCAUGCGCGGCAAGUGAGGGAAAGUCCGGCCCAGGCUUCUCCCGCCGCCCCCGGAGCGGAGCCGCGCCCGCAGCGCCCGCGCGCAGGUACCUAAGGAUAAAACUGGCCUGAAGGGAAAAUCUAGGGGGAAACUGGGGAGAUUGACUGCACUUGCACCUGACCCUCUCCGUUGUCAGAUGUGGUGAUCUCCAUGCUAACUCCAACCCCCAGACUCCCGACAGCAGCCUGUGAGGAGCAGCAUUCAGCAGCUCAGGGGUCUCACAGCCAGAGCGUGGAUCACACUUCUCAUAAACCUCAUCAUAUUGAGGUUGGGCUAAGAUGAGCAUAACCAGUGACGAAGUGAAUUUCUUGGUGUAUCGCUAUCUUCAGGAAUCGGGUUUCUCCCACUCGGCCUUCACGUUUGGUAUCGAGAGCCACAUCAGUCAGUCCAACAUCAACGGAACACUAGUGCCACCUGCUGCACUCAUCUCCAUCCUCCAGAAAGGGCUCCAGUAUGUGGAGGCUGAGAUCAGCAUCAACGAAGAUGGUACAGUAUUUGAUGGCAGGCCAAUAGAGUCACUGUCUCUGAUAGACGCAGUGAUGCCUGAUGUUGUACAGACCCGGCAGCAAGCAUUCAGAGAGAAACUAGCUCAGCAACAAGCCAGUGCAGCAGCAGCAGCAGCAGCAACGGCAGCAACAGCGGGAACAACGACGACUGCUGUUUCCCAGCAGAACACACCAAAGAACGGAGAAGCCACUGUGAAUGGAGAGGAGAAUGGGGCACAUGCAAUAAAUAAUCAUUCAAAGCCAAUGGAAAUUGACGGGGAUGUUGAAAUUCCUCCUAACAAAGCAACAGUCCUUCGGGGCCAUGAAUCAGAGGUGUUCAUCUGUGCCUGGAACCCUGUCAGUGACCUGCUAGCAUCUGGAUCUGGAGACUCAACAGCCAGAAUAUGGAAUCUCAAUGAGAACAGCAACAGUGGUUCCACUCAACUAGUUUUGAGGCACUGUAUAAGAGAAGGAGGACAUGAUGUCCCCAGCAAUAAGGAUGUGACUUCACUGGACUGGAAUAGUGAUGGAACACUAUUGGCUACAGGCUCAUACGAUGGUUUUGCAAGAAUAUGGACAGAAGAUGGUAACCUUGCAAGCACCUUAGGUCAACAUAAAGGUCCAAUAUUUGCCCUGAAGUGGAACAAAAAGGGGAAUUAUAUUUUAAGCGCUGGUGUCGAUAAAACAACAAUAAUUUGGGAUGCUCACACAGGAGAAGCUAAACAGCAGUUUCCUUUCCAUUCAGCUCCUGCUCUGGAUGUAGACUGGCAGAACAACACUACUUUUGCCUCUUGCAGCACAGACAUGUGCAUUCACGUAUGCAGACUUGGCUGUGAUCGUCCCGUUAAAACCUUUCAAGGACACACAAAUGAGGUUAAUGCUAUCAAGUGGGACCCAUCUGGCAUGCUACUAGCAUCUUGCUCCGAUGAUAUGACAUUAAAGAUUUGGAGUAUGAAGCAAGAUACCUGUGUACAUGACCUUCAAGCUCACAGCAAAGAGAUUUAUACUAUCAAAUGGAGUCCUACGGGACCAGGAACAAAUAAUCCAAAUGCCAACAUCAUGUUAGCAAGUGCUUCAUUUGAUUCCACUGUUCGGCUGUGGGACGUUGACCGAGGUGUCUGCAUCCAUACAUUAACAAAGCAUCAAGAACCUGUGUACAGUGUAGCUUUCAGUCCUGAUGGAAAAUAUCUAGCCAGUGGGUCCUUUGACAAAUGUGUCCAUAUAUGGAAUACUUCAGGUACUGUUAUUUGAUUCAUUUGAAGCACA